AUGGAUCGUAUAAUACUGUUUACAUUAAUAUUCGUACCAUGUAUUAUAUCAAAGAGUACACUAAACGGAUUCCUACCAAAUCUUCCGGUUGUAAGUAAUUAUAUUAUAGUAGUUUACAAAAUUAUUAUAUUCAUGUGCACAGAUUCAUCGAUUUUGUUGUUAUGAAUUAUCUUGUAAAUGAUUUCAGGGUGAAUACAAGGUGUAUGCCAGAGCAUUUAUUAAAUGUAAACCAACAGAAGGAAAUUUGAUUGAAGCUAACUUGUAUAUGUACAAAAUAUCCGUUAACUCCUCUGAAAUUAGAGGUAAUAUAACGUUUAAGAAACCGAUCGACGAUUCCUAUAAUGUAAGUAUAUACAUAGCCAAAUAGAAAUAUAAUUGUCAUGAUUAAUUUUUUAAAAGAUACGAAAUACUUAAGAACGAUGCAUAAACGUUACCGUACAUAUAAAUAAAACAACGUUUUACAAGCAAACAUUUUUUUUGGAAAUAAUUACUUUGAUAUAACUAACAGAAUAUUAUCAUAAAAAAAAUCAUUAAAAAGGAUGAGAUGACGCCUAAUGUCUUUGACGACAUGAAAAUAACAAAAAACAAUGCAUAAAACGAUUGUAUAUGUAAGCAUAACAUAAACAAAAAUAUUAUUCAGAAAUAAAAAAAGUUUUCUUUAAAUAUUUAAAAAAUAGCUCAAAUGUAUUUUAAAUAAUAGAAAAAAAUGUGUAAAAAUAUAAUAAUAUAUAAAAACAAUUACAAAUAUUUCAUAACUUUUUCAAGUUUACAAAUAUUUUAAUUGAAUUAAAACUUUAAAAUUUUAAAAAUUUCUUGGAAUAGCAAAAAAUGACUUAUCUCAUGUAACAGCUAAAUACAAAUUUCUUUCAAAAAAAUGCUACAAACCUGUCAAUUAAUAAAAAAGAAAAUCCACAAACUCACAUAAUAAUAAAACAAAUAGGCAAAUUGAAUAAGACAUAUGGAUGAAUCUACUGACUCUAUAUUUCAUUGGACCACAAUAGAAUUAAAAUAUUAUUUAAGAUUUCAUCUACCAAUGACUUUAUUCCAAAUGCCUAUAUUGAUAAAUAAAUUCCGCGUGUGUACUAAAAAAAAUUAAUCUUAUAAAUAAUAUACUACAUAAUCAACACAUAAUAUUAAAAUCAUAUCUACGUAAUAUCCAUCAUAAGUUAUUUUGUCCCUUAUUUUUUAAUGUUUUUAUAAGGAAUACAAUCAUAAUUGAAUAAUUUAUUUUAAUUAAUAUUAUAAAAUUCAACUAUAUUCUUAUUUAUUGUAUAGAUGGAUAUUAAUUUUGCUGUGAAAGAUUCGAUUGGAGGUUGGAAAGAAAAUGCUUAUUUUUUCCAAAUUGAUAAAGCCUGUACAAAAGCAAUAUAUUAUUUGGGUUCAGCAGUUUCAACGGUCGCUAAUAAUUUUAGUUUUAAUGCCACUUGUCCGAUUCCUGUUGUAAAUAUAAUUCUUAUUAAGCUAUUAAUGCAAUUUUAAUAAAAUACAUUUACCUUUAGGGUGUAUACGUUUCCAAAGGAUUAGAUUUUACACAGGUAUUUUCACAAGCGAAUAUACCAAAACAAUUUUUUUAUGGCACUUAUAAAUAUCGAAUUGACAUUAUAGACAAUAAAAAAAAACAAGUCGGCUGUGGUAUUAUAAUCAUGGACGUAAAACGUCCGUGGGAAACUGAAUAAAUCGUUAUGAGUUUAGUAGGUAAAUAAAUCUUUUACAUAAAAUUCUAGUGUUACGGAGGAGUGCGACCAGCACUCUUCCGAAAGGGCAUGACUGACUUUAAUUUUUUUAUAUUUUAAACAACAAAAAAAAAUAUGUGGUACUGAGGAUGGGUGGAUUCAUAAUAUAUUAUUAUUAUUAUUCUUACUAUAAUAAAGUAGUGUUAUUUAUUUUUGAUAAUAUUUCAGAAGUACGAGGUAAGCUUCGUGGCGACGCCGAUCAAUUAUUUCGUUGAAAAUUAUUUUAGAUUUAUACUAGCAAUGAUGUCGGAUCGUCACCCGAUAUUCAUUAGUCGUAUCCCGUUGGAACAAUUUAUUCAGUCUAUUCGAUUUCACCAUUUUGACCAUCUGAAGUAUUGA